AUGCCAACCCUCGAGUCCGAAGCCUUCAAGGCCAAGAAGCCCACCGUCCCGCCGACGUACGACGGCGUCGACUACGACGAUAACGUUGCCGUCCACAAUGCCCGCGACGCGAUUAUCCGGGAGCAAUGGGUGCGCAGCAUGAUGUCGCGUCUUGUGGGGGAGGAAUUAGGGAAGUGUUAUGCUCGUGAGGGGGUGAAUCAUCUUGAGAAGUGUGGUGUUUUGAGGGAAAAAUACUUUGAACUUCUCGGCGAACGCAAGGUUAGGGGUUACCUUGGACAGGAGAAGAACUAUUUCACGGAGAAAUAA